GGUAUUGUGACAGUGUGGCGAUCUGUCACGCCAGGAUUCUCAAAAAGGCAGGUUGAGGGGCUCCGGGGUACAUGUUUGAUACAGAGGAAAGUGGAUUUUCACUUUCCUCAUUUGUUUGUAAGGUCCAUUUUGGGACCUGGAGCCUGGAGAUUUCAAAGCUAUUUGGGAGGGAUGAAAUCUCCAAUCCUGGGACCAGGUUUUGGGAAUGGCCAGGAUACUGAUCGCUCAGGAGUCAGGAGGAGUCAGGAGGGCUCCACCCCGGCAGACAGGAGUCAGGAGGGCAGGCAGACAGGAGUCAGGAGGGCUCCACCCCGGCAGACAGGAGUCAGGAGGGCUCCA